AUGGAUCGCUCGGAUCUGGUUUGUGCGUCCAGUGGGGUGGUCGCGCCCUAUGUUGCCUCGGCGCCGAUCGCCGCGCUGCCUCGCGACAAGGAGGCUCAGGUGUUGUGUGUCCCCGUGCUUCUCCGGCCCGGUGGCUUCCUGUUGGCCCUUCCUACAGGGAGUGUUCCGCCCGCCCUUCUUGCAGCCGGUGCAGAGCCCGAGGCGGUUGGUAUGCAUGGCCCCUCUACCACUCUGGAGGUAGCUGCUGUGGAGGAGGACGAAGACGGGAGCGAGAGGCCCGUCUCAGACUCCUUGUCGGUUCUUCUUGUGGACCUGUCAGACGAGGCCUUGAAAUUCCUGGUCCCCUACGAUUCCGAGGCGGGCCUAUCUGUGGUGUCUUUCGACCCGGUCGAAGGCGAGGUGUCAGCUGCGCUUACGCAGCAGAGCAACGCUCUCACUAUGCUUGUUACCCACUUGAUCAGCCAGGCCUCCGAGGCCUCGGCCGAUUUCGGAGGCGGCGCUUCAGGAAGUGGCCUGUCAUCAAAAGGCUCGGCCCGGAGGGAGAAGUUGCAGGCCGAGCUCGCCAACUACACGGGGGCCUUCAUGUUAUCUGUGGCCCAGGCCGGGGCUCGGCGCAUGAACCCGACAGCUCCCCCUCCCAGGUCUUUGGCAGAACUCCGCUCGAGCCCUGCCCCCUUCCGUUUUACGGAGUAUGUGGAAAGGUAUGGGGGCUACCAGCACCAACGCGAGCUGGGCCUGAUCCAGUAUAUGCUGUGCCAAGACCACGGCAAGUGGGAGGUGGCCUAUGUGCUGAGCCUUUUUCCCGACCCUCCGGGGCAAGUGUUUCAGAGCCGCUCUUCUGCUCAGAACCCCCGGCUUGUCAAAGCUUGCGGUGCAAUCGGAGAGGUCGACGUACCCUCUGCUUCGCGCCGGUCUGCACAAUUACUUGCACGUCUUGGGGACCUCUCGGAGGAACUCACCUAUACGGGGCUGGCUUCUGAUGGCUACGGCCCCGCCUUCCCAGGAGCCUCCCUUUCGGAGGAACAGCGUGGUGCUGCUUUGGCCCCUUACCGAAACCUCGACGCCGAUCGGCUGAAGCUCUCAGGCAAGGCGAAUUGGGACCCGAGCCCCUAUCUUCAUGAUGCCUUGUACCUUGCCUUCCGUGAGCCCGACUCCCUCUUGCGGCCCGUCAUCCCUAAGCCCUCUCGAGCCGAGGUGCCGGCCUCUCCUGAGCAUGAUACCGGGCAGCUUUGCAAGGUUGCUGGUCUAUGGGAUGCCAAUGACCUCCUCUUCCUUUCCCCUGAAGGCCCGCCAGCAGAAAGGCCUUAUGAGGCCGUCCGCCUCUUCAACUGCCUCAAGAACUCGACCACUGACCGCCAAAUAGCGGAUAGGAGGGGACGCAACCACGUCGAAUGCAUCGUGCCGGGACCCUCCCGUGAGAUUCCUACCGGCCCUUCGCUGCAGUGCCUUUACGCCGAUCCGGCUCGCCAGUCUUUUCGGAUUUGGGCCACCGACAGAAAAGAUUGGUAUCACCAACUCCUAGUUCCUCCUAGGAGGUAUCUUGCCUCAGGGGCUGCUGUUCCGCGCCCGGGGAGCCGCCUCCACCUUGGCUUUCGUGGAAUCCUUCAGGGGGACGCGCUGGGCGUCGAAUUUGCUUGCGAGGACUCGAUCAUAGAUGGGCUGGUGAUAGAUGAUUAUUAUGCAAUCAGUGUUCACUCUGACGGCGAUGCCUCGCCCUCUCAAGCCGAGCUCGCGUUCAGAGCCGCCAAGGCCGCAUAUGCCAGAGCAGGAAUCAUGGGUUCCGACGAUAAGGAUGUUCGAGGUGAGGACCUGGCCGUUUGCACGGGCGCUGAAAUCGACAGUUGCCCGGCUGCCUUGCACCACCGACCACCUCCACCUGAGCCUGUUGGGGGGUUGGACGUCCACCUUGUCGACGCUACAAAGGUGCGGCCGCAGGCUGCCAGGACUGUGCCCCUGCCGCGUGCUGUCGCAAAUGAGCUCUCCUUGCUCUCGGCCCUCUGCCAUGUCCUUGUUGCUGAUGUUUCUUCGGACUGGCUCCCGGAGAUCUUUGCCACCGACUCCUCUGAGGACAAGGGGGCUAUUGUCAAGGCCGACCUUGACCGAGAUGCUAGCAAAGUGCUUUGGGGUGCCUCCCUUGGUCCCUCCAGCAGUGCCCAGCUUCUCUCGAAGGAGCGAGCCGCCCUCAUGCGGGUUGACAGGUUUUGCGAAGAACUUCUUGAGGAGCACCCGAAGGCAGCUCCUAAGAGGCCUCUUGCCCUCCGGCUGCACUUCCUUGAGGUCUGUGCGACCCCGGCUGGCCUCACUCAGCUCGUUGGCGAGCUCGGCUGGAAGGUCGGCCCGGUUCUUUCGCCCUGGCACUCGCCUGAGUAUGAUCUCGCUGGAGGGCGCCUCCUUGAGUGGUGCCCGGUUUCUGAGUCCAUUGUCGAUUGGGCGGAGGCCCCUUUCCGAGGGAAGGUCAUUGCUGCUAGACUCGAGGCCGUUGAGGCCCUCCUCCUGGCCACCGAGGGCCUCGAGUCUCCCUUGGUUAACCAGUAUGCGCUCGGGCUCCCUUGGCAGGUGAGCUGGCUAAGCGUUUUUGUGCUUUGUGCGACUCGAAUGCGGGGUUUGAGACGCAUCGCUGCCGUUGCCACGGCCUUUGGACUCUCGGUGCAGGUGCGAGCCAUGGCCUCCUUCCGCGGAACGCUGCUGAUCUUGCUCGGCAGGCCAAGAGAGGGCGAGCCGUUUUGCCCCAAGGCAACUGGCGUCGACAGCAAGCUCUUCACGCAAACAGACGGUGUUGUUGACAUUGACGCCAUCAACGCUGUUUUGAGCAAGUACGGCCGGGAGCUCUACGCCAACGGCCGCCCCUUCUCGCACUUUUCGGAGACCAUCAACGCUUUUGCUGCGAGGACGCCUAAGUGUCGUCGUUUGCUGCAGCCCGCCUGGGACACAGCUUUUGGAUGGCGUCGAGCCGAACCCAUCCAGCACCAUGCUGCUAUGCCUUGGCAGGUCUUAUGCUCUUGCGUUGCUUUGGCUUUCUUGUGGGGAUGGCCUUUGGUUGCUGGAGCUUUGGCUCUGUGCUGGGGUGGGCUUCUCCGGCCCGGGGAGCUCAUCGCAGCGCACAGGUACACAGCUGCGAGGCACCAGUCGGUCAAAAUUGACCACCCCGACAUCUUGAAUGUGAUUUCCAUCGCCUAUGCUCCUUUGCUCGCAGGCAGCAAGCUAUGGCCUUCCUCUGGCCAGACUUUGCGCACCAGGCUUCGGCAGCUCCUCGACGCUCUCAAGAUUCCAGCGGUGCCCACGCAAGGCGCCCGACACCUGGAGUUGGCCUGGUACAAAGACGAGGGCGAUGGCUCAGUGCGCGCUCGAUACCGCAUCCGUCGAGCCCUGGAUGAGUACCACAACUUGGUACAGGCCGCUCGCUUUCUACAGAACGCUGGCAUCGUGGGCGGUUAUGCGGCAGAGGCUGUACAGUUUGGCUUCGCCAACAAACUUGUGAUGAGAAUUGAGUAUUGCGCGCUCAAGCUUCCCGCCUCGCCCGCCCGCACCAUGCGGCAGAGGCUGUACAGUUUGGCUUCGCCAACAAACUUGUGUUGGGCGGUUGCAGAGCGGGAGGAUGAUGAGGGGUCAGGUCCGGCCGAGGAUGUUCCCAUCUUCCUGGAGCCAUCAGUCGAGGACGAAGUCGCUGUACCGAAAGCUCUUCUCGGGAAGGUCAUCGGAAAGCAAGCGGCUACAAUCAUCGAAAUCCGAGAGAAGAGCGGGGCAUUUAAAGUGGAUGCCAGGGAUCAGACCUCCGAUCCCUGCAUGGUGAAAGUCGCAGGCACUGCGGAGGCAGUCAAGAAGGCCAAAGACCUCAUCCUUGAGCUUAUUGAUCAAACAAAGCAGAAACAUUUGAGCUCGCACUAUGUGGAGAUUCCACGCUCAAAGAUAGGUAUGGUGAUAGGAUUGAAAGGAGCGCAAGUAAACGAAGUCCAAGCGCAGACUCAAACCAAAAUCGACGUCGACUUCGAGACAGAUCCAUGCAAGUGUUACAUCAAGGGUGAGGCAGACAAUGUGGACCGCGCCAAGAAAGUCUUGCUUACGAUAGCUAUGCAGUUGGAGGAUGAGGCAUCCGAGUAUCUGGACCUGCCGAAGACAGUGUCUGGAGCCCUAAUCGGAGCUCAAGGAUCCCGCAUCCGGCAAUUUCAAGAGACCAGUGGCGCUCGCAUCGACAUUGACAAGUCCGGAAAUCGCUGCAAGGUUCGAUUGACCGGCAGCAAGGAGGCAGUGUCCAUCGCCAAGUCGCUCAUACAGGCCUGCCCGUUGCAAGUACGAGCGACUAGGAUCUUGAGCCACGAGGAGUGGACACUGUGUGAAUGUGGAGUCGCGAUUGCGCAGCCCUAUCAAGCACGGAGGUACCGCCGCCGCCCAGGCCGCCAGGUGCGCCAAAGGGUGGUCACUGGGGCGGAGGAGGUCAGUGGGGCGGCGGUGGUUGGUGAGCCGUUGGCGGCAGCCCUGAGUUUGCUAUUUUCUUGUGACUUCUGGUGGUUCGCGCUGACACUGUCGGCGAUGAGCUGUUUCUGCAAAGUAUCCCUACCACCUCAGCUGGCUCUUUCGUUGCCAGCCGUGCCAGCUGCCCUGGCCUUUCCAGAGGAAAAGGAUGCAGCCAUGAUGGCACUCCGCGUGAUCAUUGUAGCAGUGCUGUCGGUGCCAACCCUGGGCACUGUUCUUGCACGGGCCAAGCUGCGGCAAGGAUCUAAGUCUUGGCAGGAUUUCUCUCCCUGCAGCUGUUCGGAAUGCCUUGGAGAACACAAAAAUGAUGGUGGAGAUGGCAGCGUUGGCUUCCAGUGCUUCCCGAAAACGUCUGGCUUGGCAGACUGCCGCCAGACGGAGCCGGUUGCCACUCGUGUGGUGCAAAGUGCUGACGUCCUCAGCUACGACCGCUUCUGCCUGUACACCUGUAAGCCUCUCUUGACAGAUGAGAUCAAGCCAGUCGUAGACUGCGCGCAUCUCAACGACAAAGAAAUAACGGAGUUGGCCCAGAGCCCUUCUUCCAACGGACGGGAAAUUGUGUAUGAGGCGCAUCCCCUUGCGCGUGUGGGGCCCAUCUCCCAGGUUCUCGCACAACCCGAGGCAUCCAUGUUGGACACUGCUUCGGUGGUUGAUAGGUCCAGCGAUCCGGUGAGUGCAAUCCGAGCAACCUUCGCAUCCUUGAGGAAAGCAGAGACCGCAGCGCCAGGUGUCAGUCCCUACACUCUUCCAGAUGCUGCAAAGGCCCCUCCGCUUUGUGUUUGCCACUGUGGCAACAAGGUGAAUCGCAUGCGCCAGACGGAAAGUGAUGGCAUCAUGUACCCGAAGCCCAAGCAGGUACGAUUGCCUCUUGCCGUCACUUCUGCCGGCAACCCUGCUGCGCAGCCAGAACCUCCACAGCCUCCCAUGCCACCGUCC